GCUUUACAGCUGUUGAGCAACAAAAUCAUCGACAAUUUCACCAUUAACACGAUACAACUGGCAUAUAUAAACGAUUCUUCGAUGAGGAAUAUUGAUAAUCGUUUCAAAAUAAUAAUAGUAGUAGUAACCAUAUCCAAACCCAAACCUUUCGAUAAUGCCCGCCUCUUAAUAUAAUAAUCAAGCAAAUUCUGCUAAAGUAUAAUAUAACUUCGUUGAAUAUAAAUUUGAAGUUAUACGAGAAAUUACGUUUAUCACUUUGACUGUCGAACGAACCUAAUACAAUCGUGGCAAAGUGUUCAACUUGCUUAAAUUAAAAGUAACGCAACUCUUGGGUAAUUAGGAAAUUAACAACGUGUUACAUAAAAAUGUUACAUAAAAAAAAAAAAAACGACUGUAAGCGUAGAAUAAAGAUUUUUUUACGGUACGCGACGAUAUUAGCGAUAAAAGUAAUUUUCAAUUGCUCCCAAAAUAUUCAAGGUUGAAAAACACUGAACUAUUUAUAUGUAUGUAUAUAGGUACGUAUGUAGCUGAAAGCUGUAUACGUACAUAGUAAGAUUAUAAAUUGAAACGUUAAACUUUAAACGGUAAUACUGAUCGAUCUAGCCACGCUCAGGAUUGCAGGAGAAUUAUUUACCUGUCUGUUUAGAAAAAAGAAAUAGUUCCGAGUGACAAUAUCUUACAAGCUUGAACAAAGUUCGAGCUUUUUAUCUCCCCUAAGAUGUUUCAACAUGCGAAUGUUUCGAUCAGCAAGCGUAUAAAGUUUAAUUUUGCGACCUCGCUAUAUCGUUUUCUACUACGAUAUAUAUAUAUAUAUCUCUAUUGUUUGUUUACAUAUCUAAUCACUUGUAGACAUAUUUCAAUUCAAAAUAUUUCAACACAUCCAUAUUUCUUCAUCUGGAAAGUAAUCUAUAUUGUAUAACUGUCAUUUAUAUAUCUAGAGCUGUACACAAGUACUAGACCUAUAAAUAGGAUGUUUUGGAAACUUUAAUGUAAACGAUUCAAAGUAAAAGACUCUAUUUGAACUUUCGACAGUGUUUGAUUGUAUGUAAUUAUACUACUUUUAAGGAUUUUCCCAGUAAGUGAUUGAAAGAGUGCUGAAAGAAUGAAUGUGAGACACUCAAUUGUAGUGAUCGUUGGAGGAGGAAGCGGUAUCGGUUGUAGCUGUGCUGAACAGUUUUUGAGUUCCAGGGCUGAGUUCGUGGCAAUUUUGGAUUUACCAGACUCAAAUGGAAGAGUCGUAGCGGAUACAUUGGGCAUUCAGCAUGGUUCACACCGUGUGGAUUUCUUCGCCUGUGAUGUCACAAACAAAAACCAAGUAAAUGCGAGCUUCGACAAGAUCACACAAUUGUUAGGGAGCUUCGAUGUUCUCGUCAAUAGCGCAGGAGUUUUGACCAAUGGCGAAAAUUGGCAACACAUGAUAGAUGUGAAUUUCACUGGACUCGCACAUACGACUCUAAAGGCCAUCGAUUUAAUGGGUAAACACAACGGUGGUAAAGGUGGUACAAUAGUAAAUAUUUCCUCCAUGGCUGGUCUCGCACCUGUAAUUUAUUAUCCAAUUUAUGCUGCAACGAAACAUGCCAUCGUUGGAUUUACCAAUAGUUUAUCGCUCAGUUACAAUGAAACUGGCGUUCGUAUGAUGCUGGUGUGCCCUGGCCGUACAAACACUCCCUUAGUCUCAAACUUGUACAAUUUUGAAAAUCCACAUUUAACUUUUCUUAACGUUAAUAGAGCGUUGAUGUGUUUAAGAGCAUCGGGAAAUCAAUCGCCAGAUUGCGUGGCCAAAGCGAUAAUCCGGUUGAUAGAGAAAGAAGGAAAUGGCGCUAUAUGUUUGGUGCAUGAUGGGCAACCACCUUAUAUCGUUAAUAUGCAGACACUCGAUAAUUUAGUGAAGCGUCCCCUCUAAACAUAAACUGUAUGAUAUUUGCGAAAUCUGUAAGUGUAAAUCACGUAAAGUUUCUAUGAUUUCUUAUCCAUUGAUAAUACAAUAAUUUUAUCGAUCGUCGCCUUAAUAUUUCAUUUUGAUCAAUCGAUAUAUUUCAUUUUGAUUGAUAAUAAAUACAUUAAUACAUUGUCACAAAUUAUCCUAAAUGCAAAUGCAUUAAUCACGCUUAUGGACUGGCAAAGUAAAAAUUUUCUAUACUGUUUUGUGCGAAUAUUUUUAUAAAGUUUUGUAAAAUAAAGUAUUAGCAAAUACAAAAAUGGAAACAAGAAUGUUCUUUUUUCAUAAUGUGAUCUUCGUAACGUAAUUUUAUUUUAUCUUAUUCGUCCCAUACCGACCAAAUCUAAUAAAAUCACUACACUAUGAAUAUUUGUACAAAUUCACAUUUUUGCAAAUAUCGACAGACAAGCGAAAGUUCAGUGCAAAUGUACUUUAUCUUAAAAAUAUUGUUUGAUGCGUUUUGAUCCUGUCAUGUGUUUACACGAAUCGCUAAAUUCCAUGAGAUACAAGAAUUUAAAAAAGAAAUUAAUUUUAAGCUGCAGUUACGUUAUUUACCAUAAAAAGUCUAUCGUAAUGGAGCACUUGCGAACGAUCAAGUAAAUUCGAAUAAUAAUUGUUAAAAUCAUUAAGAACCACUAUCCUAUUUGAAAUUGUAAACUAUAAGAAACUCGUAUAUUUAAUAUAACGAUCUCAUUAAAUAUUUCUUUUCUCUACAUUCGCAAAGUUUCCUAAUAAUCGAUUCAAAUAUUCUCCACAUUAAAUUCCUAGCUCUAUUUGUCCUCCUUUGAUUUUAUAAACGGCUUGAAUGAUUCAGAUUAUGAUAUGUCAGAUUCAAAUUUUGAUCUAUGUCUUACCUAAUUUAUUUCUAAACUUUUUCAUUAACUUUUAAGUCGAAAGAUUAAAUUAUUCAUGUGGAUUACUUAUGUAAUAU